AUGGAUAUAUCAUUGAUUGAAAUAGGUGCAGGAAAUGUUAUUCUCGUUACACAUGCCCGCGAUGUAACAUCAAUUACUGUUCAUUACAAUGCUAUAAAUGCCAGUCAAGAUGACAAAGAAAAAAUUCUCAAUAUUCUGCAAAGGCUCAAUGAAAGUGAAUCUAUGCACGAGGACAAAGAUCUCAAUGUAGUCUGGGAAAAGUUGAGCGAAAAAGAGAAGCAAGACUUUGAGCAAUGUCUUACUAAUGGCAACAUAAGUAGAUUAAUAUCGUUGUGGCAACCGUGGUGGCGAACUAAUGUAGCAAAGGGUGAGAGAAUCAAGGUUGUCGAUAACGACGAUGAUGGAAAAUCGCAAGUGAAGCAAAAUGGUCUUUUACCAAAACUUCAUCGAGAUUUUUUAAGUCCAGAAUCAAUUGGCAGUGUAUGCAAGCUAUAG